GGAACUUCACUAGGAGUCGGUUUGGAUGAACCUGGCGGCCGGUUUUGGCGGCGACGCCGGCGUCAUCGCGAACAUGUUCUCCCAUAAACUAGACGUUUUAGAGAGGUUGGAGAAGCCGCGCUGCCUGGAACUUACCAAGGAAAACCAAGCUGAGUUCAUCGCCAUAUGCGAAAAUAAAGACGUACCAGCACUGGUGGAGCUUGUCUCAAAGGCACCAGAGGCCACGGGUGAGUACAGGGAGGGAGGACUCUGGGAUGGCAAGACACAUAUCAGCAUCACCGACUCCAUCACCGGCGGCACGUCGUACCAGAAUUCCACCUUGGCCAUGGGAUCUCCGGAGGCCAGCACCUAUACCCUCCAGCAGAUCAACGAGCAUCUGCAAAUUGAGCUAUCACCCAAGAGGCGCAAAGAGAAGUUCGAGGCUGUCCAGAAGAACAUGCUGAAAGUCGCCACUGAUAGCGGGCACACAUUUGUCAGUGCCGAAGAAGCCGCCGCCUUUAUCCGCUCCAACGAGGACGUACAGACUAGCCUCGGAGGUAUAUAUCAGGACGCCAUCGACAAGUACUCACCUCAGAUCACAAGUGAUGUGAUUUCACAAAAGUUCACUCUCGAAGACGGUACCCAUCCUGACGCCGCCAUGGUCAACGACUUUCUCAAAGCCGCAACUCAGGAAGUCUACGUGGCACCAAUGAUAAUCCCCGAGGAAGACGGGGAGCUCCUCAUCACAGAUGUUGCUGAGACUUUUGUCGUCGAGAAAAUCCAGGAGUCGGCUACUAGCAAGGCUGAUUUUGAAGCAGUGGCGAUUAAGGCGGAGCAGAGCGUUGUUGAGUCAAAGCUUAAGGUCGAUUAUUACCGCAAAGUUCUCGAAGAAGCUAAGAAGAAAGCCGAGAGUGAGUCAAAGAUUGAAGAAAAUAAGCGCAAAUUAGAAUCGGCUGAGCGAGAAUAUCAUCGGCGAGACAAGGAACACAAGGAUAUAUUGUCGACUAAGCAUAGUCUUGAGAAAAGUCCGGAGGAGUGAUUCAAUGAGAAGAAAGAACACACUCAAGAGGUUGACAACAAAAUCACGAAGAGAAUUGAAUGGAAGAAUGGUAAAAAGAAAUAAAGUGUUAAUGAUGGUUAUGAAGAUAUUAUAGUUGGUGAAUUUUUGUGUAGUGGAUGUGAUGAACACAAAAGCUCAACAAUCUGGACGACAUAAUAGUCAGUGUGAGCGUAGUUAUGCCAUUGGGCACCAGUGAUGGGUGAAGUGUCC